AACGACCAUGACAGAUGUCAACGCAAUGUUCGAAAUUCUUAAUGUGACCUUGGGAAGGAAAUGAGUGGUGAAAUUCAUGAAGAAAUUGUUAGUAGUUCUUUUCAUUUGUUCAUUUUUAUUUUAGAUAUCUGUUUCUGACUCAAAUGACGAGGAUUCUGAUGAACAAAGUGACUCUGAAAGUGAAUUUGCUAGUGAUACCAAAUUAGAAAAACCAAAGGAAAAUACUGAAACUCAUGAGGAAUCAUUCGGUGAAGACACUGAAGUAGGUCUGUUAGAUUUUUAAACCUGUAUCUUAGACUUGUUCCAUAUGUUUUGAAUUAUGGACAUCUUCAGGUCCGCACAAGGUUUGUUGUCUUCGCUGUGGACAUCUUUUUGGUUAUUCGUGUGUUAUGAAGUGGUUCAAAUCCGUUGGUAAAAAUUCGAAGUGUCCCCAAUGCAAUGCGAAGGCCAGCCGACAUGAUGUUCGAGUAUUAUAUUGUAGAAAUCUGAAGGUGUUAGAUACAACUGAUAGAGACAGAGCUUUAGCUGAACUUGAUCGUGAAAGGAAAGCGCGACAGAAAGCAGAGCAAGAAGCCGCUGAAUUUAAAGCAAGAUAUGAACUUAUAUAUGCAGAAUUACUCCAGCUUCGAGAUGAACUUCAGUCUACACGAGGAUUUCCAAAAACUCAGGCAGCUCGUUUUCCAAAUACUGGAGAUCUAUCAAAUUAUCAAGCUUCGAGCUCUGAAGGUUCUCUUCAAUCCGUUUCGAAUGGUCAGUACGAACUGAUAAAUACCUUCUUGAUUUCUGCGGAUGGUAAUUGUCGUGUAAUGGCAUCAUGUGAUUACCUGAAUACCUUGUGUGUUUCACAGUCGUCAACCAAUCCUAUAUUUCGAGGAUUUGGUAUACGUAAGGUGAAUAGUGCUGAACAAAGACUUAUAAAAUAUGUUCAUUUACAUACCCAACCAAUAAGAGAUUUAGCCUUUCAUCCUGAAGCUCAAGAUGGUAUUGUUGCUAGUGCAAGUCUUGAUAAAACUUUACGUCUUACUAGUUUAUUAAAUGAUACAGUUGUUCAAACUUAUCAAUGUCCAGCAGGUGUAUGGAGUUGUUGUUGGGCAACAGAUUCGAAUAGAUUAUUCGCUGGUUGUGCAAAUGGUUCCAUUUUAUUAUAUGAUAUACGUGUGACUACAGGUCCUUUAGACACCUUAUUUAUACCGAAUAAUGAUGCACCUGUCUUAGGAUUACAAUAUAUUUCACCUACUGUUGUAGAUCAGAAUAGCUCCAGUGCUGGAGGUUUAUUAGUUGGACAGUUGAAUAAAGUUACAUUCAUGUCUGAAAGUUCUGUAAAUAACAAUGUAUCUAGUGAUGAACCAGCUGAUCAAGAAAAUGAAGAAUCCAUUGUACAUAGUCUACCCUCAAAUACUACCGCCUCACAACACACCCUACAUCACCAGAUCUCAUACAAGAAAGUCAUUCAUUACCUUCAUCCAAUUGGUUUGGCAAUCUAACUGUUUAUAAACCUCAUAAUCUUCCUUUAGAGGGUAGUUUAGUCUCAUUGAGUGCACUUCCACAAAGACGUCAAUUUUUAGCCUCUUACAGACCAUCACAACGGUUACCACGUGUACGACAUUUAUUAGCAGAAUUGCAGAAUGAUUCUUCUCCUUCACUGACAGAAACAGUCUACUCGUGUAGAGAAAUACAUAAUCUAUGGGCAGGAAGUAGAAUGAAAAAGCUUACUCGGGCAAAAUUAUUUGUUGGACCUUCAAAGGAUUCAGAUCUUAUUGCUGUUGCCGGCAGUGAAGAUGCUGGUGGUGCUAUCAUUUGGCGAUGUGAUGAUGCUACACAACAACAAGUUCUACAACCUCCUGAAACAACAGCUGACAAUCCUAUUCUGGAUGUAUGCCCCAUUUAUGUUACACCUACACAAACGCAUUAUUUAGCAUUACUUACUGCUCGAAUGCUUCAUUACUAUGCAUGGCGUUCACCAAGUGUUAACUGUUGACUUCAUGUAGAUAGCCAGAUAUACAUAUAUGUGUACAUACUUAAAAUUCAGAUAAUCCUUAUUUUUUUUCUACUCAAGACUUUUUCAUUUU